ACCGGAACCGCCCAAAUGUAAACAAGACAGUGUGCAUGUCUGACCUGUUUGCAUCUGUUCUGUAUCCCUUUUAAUCAGUUUUACACACAAAUAAGACACUGUCAUAUAUUAAACAUGUCAUCAAGAAGAGCACUUCACUUUGUUUUUAAAGUUGGCAACAGAACAGAAACAGCCAAGUUCUACAGAGAUGUAUUAGGAAUGCAAAUUUUAAGACAUGAAGAGUUUGAGAAAGGAUGUGAUGCAGCUUGUAAUGGGCCUUAUGAUGGUAAAUGGAGCAAAUCUAUGGUGGGAUAUGGUCCAGAAGAUAACCACUUUGUGGUAGAACUGACCUAUAACUACGGCAUCGGAAGCUACCAAAUGGGCAAUGAUUUCAGGGGAAUUACCAUACAGUCCUCAAAUGUAUUGGCCAGUGCUAAACAGAAUAACUACACAAUCACACAGGAAGGAAGUCACAAUGUGCUCACUUCACCUGAUGGACACAAAUUUUUUGUAGAAGACAAACAGCCUGAUGGAGAUCCAGUGAAGAAAGUUACACUAGCCUCAUCAAAUCUGAAGAAAUCUUUAGAUUAUUGGUCAAAUCUAUGUGAUAUGAAAAUUUAUUCUCAAGAUGAUAAGUCUGCCAUGUUGGGGUAUGGUGAUAAUCAGUGCAAGCUUGAAUUUGUUGAUAUUGGUGCUAAAGUAGAUCAUGCCAAGGCUUUUGGGCGAAUAGCCUUCUCCUGUCCAAGGGUCCAGUUAGCUGAGAUUCAAGAGAAAAUGAAAGCUGCCAAUCAAAUGAUUCUGACUCCAUUAAUCAGUCUGGACACUCCGGGUAAAGCUACAGUAGAAGUUGUCAUCCUCGCAGACCCGGAUGGCCAUGAGAUAUGUUUUGUUGGAGAUGAGGCUUUUCGUGAGCUGUCCCAGGUAGACCCACAAGCUGACAAACUAUUGAAUGAGGCCAUCGCAGCUGAUAAAAGUGAGGAAUGGUUUCAGAAAAAAGGCAUAUCAAAGGCUGCAGGGUAAAACCAUCAAGUAUACAAACACUACCUGGAGCUGUUGAUACAGCAGGCAUUGCUCCACAGAUAUUGUGAUCAUUAGUAUAUUUUGCAAUAUUCUGUCUAGUCUUUCCAUAUAUUCCUGUUAGAGAUGAUAUUAUUAUAAAAGAUGAUUAUCUUACAAAUAAUCAAGAUUGUAUAAAUGGAAAAUUACACUACUGUUAUUUUUGUUUAUGAUUACAUUGGUUGAUUUCACAAUGAUAGACAUAUUCUAUACAACAAGAAAGCUAGUGUCUUUUCAUUCCUUUUGAAACCAUUUAGCCUAUUGAAAAAAUGAAUUUCCCUAAAUAAUGCCAAUAACUGUGAUUGAUAUGAAAUUCCUAUCAGAUUUGAGUCUAAAUCCUUUAUAUUUUUGAUUUCUAUGUUAAUUUUAAGUACAUGUUCAUUUUCAAUAAAUAUUGAAAAAAUGGAA